UAGACUUUGUACGCAGCGGCCUGGCGGCUGUUGUGUGGUGGAAGCUCCAUAGGGUUGCAUUGGGAAUCGGUGGCUCAGGAAAAGCUUUGAUCCGCUGCAAACAUGCCUCGUGCCAAGGCGGAUAAACCCCGUGGGCGUAUGUCCUCGUACGCCUACUUCGUGCAAACAUGCCGUGAGGAACACCGCAAAAAGCACCCGAAUGAAGCCAUUGCGUUCUCAGCGUUCUCUAAGAAGUGCUCUGAGCGAUGGAAGGUGAUGAGCGACAAGGAGAAGAAACGCUUCGUUGAUAUGGCCGACAAAGACAAGACGCGCUAUGAGGCUGAGAUGAGGACCUACGUUCCUCCUCCCGGUGGCAAGAAAGGCAAGGGAAAGCGUAGGACCAAAGAUCCGAACGCUCCCAAGCGCGCUUUGUCGGCGUUUUUCUGGUUCUGCAACGAUGAAAGACCGGCACUGAGGGCUGCCCACCCAGAUCACAGCGUCGGUGACCUGGCGAAAGCACUUGGCAAGAAAUGGGCUGAGACCGACGAAGCGGCCAGGCGCAAGUUCGAACUAAUGGCCGAGAAGGACAAAGCGAGAUAUAGCCGGGAGAUGGCUGCGUACAAGAGCGGUGCGGCGAGCAAGGCUCCUCCGGAAGACGAUGAAGACGAGGAGGAUGAGGACGACGAAGAUGAUGACGAGUAAUAGGGGGUUUGUGGCGCGCUCCGACGCGCGCGCACGUGCGUGUACAAACGCUAGACAGUUGUUCAGGAGAUCUUGGGGCGGGCGUGGUGACCUCGAGUUGAACGGGCGUUUUCAGAGGCGCGCCGGCGACAUUGGACAGGAAAGUCGGCUCCCGUGCCGUCCUCACCACCCGGAACGGCUGGUCCUCGGUCUGGGCCUAUUUAUUUAACUAGAGGCCGCCUUCAUCUGCGCCGUCCGCCGGAGCGGGACUGCACCGCCAGACGCGCGAUAGUCGCAGUUCCCGCUACGCGCCCGAUGACAUCAUUGCAUUUUACUCAUCAGUUAGUUUCGACGUGCAUAGAUCAUAGUUUCGCCUGGUCUCAUCAGAAUAAACCUUCUGAAAAUGA